UGUCCCAGCCAGCAGAGAGACUGGACGGUAGAGGCCCCCCACGCGGCCCCCAAACUACACCCCAGGCCCACCAAGUAACUGGAUAAGAGAAGACUGGAAGCAUGUCAGAGUUUUGGUUAAUUUCUGCCCCUGGCGACAAGGAAAAUUUACAAGCUCUGGAGAGGAUGAACACUGUAACCUCCAAGUCCAACCUGUCUUACAAUACCAAAUUCACGAUUCCUGACUUCAAGGUGGGGACCUUGGAUUCCCUGGUUGGCCUCUCUGAUGAGUUGGGGAAAGUCGACACCUUUGCUGAAAGCCUCAUAAAGAGGAUGGCCCAGAGUGUGGCAGAAGUCAUGGAGGACUCAAAGGGGAAGGUCCAGGAGAACCUUCUGGCCAAUGGAGUUGAUUUGACGUCCUUUGUGACCCACUUUGAAUGGGACAUGGCCAAAUACCCCGCAAAGCAGCCGCUCGUGGGCGUGGUGGACACGUUAGCGAAGCAACUGGCACAGAUUGAGACAGACCUGAAGACCCGGACGGCUGCCUACAACACUCUGAAGACAACCUUAGAGAACCUGGAGAAGAAGUCCAUGGGGAACCUGUUCACCCGGACACUGAGCGACAUUGUGAGCAAGGAAGACUUCGUGCUGGAUUCUGAAUAUCUCAUCACCCUCCUUGUCAUUGUCCCCAAACCAAGCUACACACAAUGGCAAAAAACCUAUGAAUCGCUCUCGGACAUGGUAGUUCCUCGGUCAACUAAAUUGAUUGCUGAGGACAAUGAGGGUGGCCUCUUCACAGUGACUUUGUUUCGGAAAGUGAUUGACGAUUUCAAAAGCAAAGCCAAAGAAAACAAGUUCACUGUCCGUGAAUUUUACUAUGAUGAGAAUGAAAUUAAAAGGGAAAGGGAGGAGAUGACCAGGUUGAUGUCUGAUAAGAAGCUGCAGUUUCAAACUUCCUGUGUUGCCCUUAAAAAGGGAUCAUCCACCCUCCCGGACCACAAGGUUAAGGUAACCCCGCUAGGUCACCCUGAUAGGCUCGCUGCGGGGCAGACCGACAGAGAGAGAGAGAGUGAGGGCGAGGGUGAGGGCCCCUUGCUGCGCUGGCUCAAGGUGAACUUCAGUGAAGCCUUCAUUGCCUGGAUCCACAUAAAGGCCCUGAGAGUAUUUGUGGAGUCCGUGCUCAGGUAUGGACUGCCAGUGAACUUUCAGGCAGUGCUCCUGAAGCCACAUAAGAAGUCAUCCACCAAACGUCUAAGGGAAGUUCUCAACUCUGUCUUCAGACACCUGGAUAAAGUGGCUGCCGCCAGUAUACUGGACGCAUCUGUGGAGAUCCCCGGAUUACAACUCAAUAACCAAGACUAUUUUCCUUACGUCUACUUCCGUAUUGACCUUAGUCUUCUUGACUAGAACGGUUAGGCUGGCACUACUUUCACUGCAGAUGAAUACAGAUGCCUCUUUGCUUAGCCAGAGAAUAGUUUUAAUGUCCUACAGAAUUUAGAUUCUUCAGAGAAAUUGCUCACAAAAGUUAGUUACAGUUGUUAUUUAUUUUUUUUAAGUUACAAUAAAAUGCAUUCAAGUCCU